AUGGCUCAAGUCAACAUUAGAGAUGAUGAGGUGGACAUUGUGAUAGGCGCUCUCCACUUAGAUCUUACUUCAUUUAUGGAAGAUUGGAGAGCAGUCUUUUCGUUCCACCUGAUAAUUGUCCAGGAUCCUGACCUCAAAGGAGACCUUAAAAUUCCUGGAGGAUUUAGUUUUGAUGUUUAUAUGAAGUCCGAUAUAGAGAGCGUUGUGGGUUCUUCAAGUUCUGUUGUUUUCUCCGGCUAUUCAUGUCGGUAUUUUGGCUAUCUUGUGUCCCACAAAAAAUACAUAAUUUCGAUUGAUGAUGACUGCAUCCCAGCUAAGGAUGAUAAGGGUGAAUUGAUAGAUGCAGUUGCACAGCAUAUCACCAACCUUAUGACACCUGCCACUCCUUUUUUCUUCAAUACACUUUAUGAUCCUUUUCGCAAAGGAACAGAUUUUGUCCGUGGAUACCCGUUCAGCUUGCGAAGUGGGGUUCAAUGUGGUCUAUCAUGUGGACUUUGGCUUAACUUAGCAGACUAUGAUGCUCCCACACAGGCCCUCAAGCCAGGGCAGAGGAAUUCUAGAUUUGUUGACGCUGUUCUCACAGUUCCAGCAAGGGCAAUGUUACCCGUAAGUGGAAUCAACAUAGGUUUUGAUCGUGAGUUAGUUGGACCAGCUAUGGUCCCAGCUUUCAGGUUGGCAAAGGAAGGAAAAUUCAGAUGGGAAACAGUGGAAGAUAUAUGGAGUGGGAUGUGUGUAAAGGUAAUAUGUGAUCAUUUGGGAUAUGGUGUGAAAAGUGGGCUUCCAUAUGUUUGGAGAAAUGAACGAGGAAACGCAGUUGAGAGUUUGAAGAAAGAGUGGGAGGGAGUAAAGCUUAUGGAAGAAGUGGUUCCGUUCUUUCAAUCGAUGAGAUUGUCUCAAGGAGCAGUUACAGCAGAAGAUUGUGUCAUUGAGAUGGCUGCAGCAGUGAAGGAGCGACUGGAGCCUUUGGAUCCUGUGUUUGCUCGGGCCUCUGAAGCAAUGGUGGAGUGGGUCAAGCUCUGGAAAGUAGUUACAUCUCGCUUGUCCAACUCUGCUGCUUGAAAGUUGUGAUCCUUGUAUCUUGUCUUCCUUCCCGUCUGCUGCCACACCCACCCUUUAACCCCGAUUGGUGCCCUUCAUGCUCUAAUACAAUAUUUUACUAUCUGCGACUAUGAUGACUUUAUUACUGCUCACCGUUUGGAGAAAUAAUAGAGAUAUUACUUAUACAUCAAUGAGCUCUUAUGACCCUUUUGUAGUUUAUUGCCUUGUGAUGAUUAUGAGGAGGUACUUUUGUUUGCUCAUAUUGUUAGACAUUGAUGGCUGAUUCCCUUGUCUAAUGACUAAAGAUGGUUGAAAUAUGAAUUGUACUUUCUUGAAUG